UCUCUCUCCAUUUUCAAUCUCUCCUCCAUGGAGGCCAAAUCACAAGCCCCACAAUUGCAUCAUCAGUCUCUCAGCAUGACCCCCCUCCCCCAGAAUGAAACAAGCGAUAUUGAAUCCACAGAUCAACAAGGUACGGAAGAAUCACAUCCAAAUCUACCUUCAUUAUCCGCAGACAACAAAAAUCAGGUGCAUGAAGAUCAAAAGUCAAUCACCAACAAGAGGUACAUACCCCUUUUGGUUCUUAAUUACCUAAUGCUCUUUGUGGGUUCACUCUCUUCAAGUUUGCUCUCCAAGUACUAUUUCAUCCACAAAGGUUCAAGCAAAUGGGUCUCAACUUGGGUUCAGUGCGCAGGUUUUCCUCUCUUGAUCAUCCCAAUUUGUCUCCCAUGUAUCCUUAAAUACACCAAGAGAAAACCCUUCACUGAUUUCAGUCUAAAGAUGUUUAUUUUAUCAAUUUUUGUUGGUUUUAUGUUAGGCCUUAAUAAUCUUUUGAUCUCAUGGGGAGUUGCAUAUCUCCCAGUCUCAACCUCAGCACUUGUCUUGUCCUCUCAACUAGUUUUCAACCUCAUUCUCUCAGCCAUUAUUGUGAAACAAAAGAUAACCUUUUCAAACCUUAAUUGUGUCAUCCUUCUUACCCUAAGCUCCAUCAUCCUUGCCUUAAAUUCUAGUCACGAGAGACCAAAAGGGCUCACACAAAAGAACUACUUCAUUGGAUUCUUUUGCACCAUAGGAGCAGGUUUGUUAUUUGCCUUGUAUUUGCCAGUGAUGGAGAAGAUUUACAAGAAGGUGUAUUGCUACGAAAUGGUGAUGGAAAUGCAACUCGUAAUGGAGAUUGCAGCUACAGCAUUAGCCACCGUAGGCAUGUCAUGGGAUGGAGGAUUUUCUGAAAUGAAGGAAGAAAGUCAAAGGGUAUUUGAUAAGGGAAGCACAGUUUAUUGGGUGACAGUGAUGGCUAAUGUGGUGACAUGGCAAUUAUGCUUUAUGGGCACUGCAGGAAUGGUGUUUUUGACAUCUUCACUAACUGGUGGAAUUUGCAUGACAGCAUUGCUAUCCAUGAAUGUGUUAGGAGGGGUAGUGGUGUACAGAGAUGCUUUUGGAGGCUUCAAGGCUGUGUCAACUGUUUUGUGUGUAUGGGGAUUUUGCUCUUAUGUCUAUGGGAUGUACAUUAAAAUGAAAAAAAAGAAAAAGAAUGAAAUAAAAUAG